AUGCCUCUCCCCUCACUAGUCAGCCUGGCCACUGCAGCCUACGGCACUGCCCUGGGUGUCAUCCGCUCGCUGCACGCGCAGGGUCUGCUGGAAACAGCCCCUGGCAACAGCCGCCUACGGCACAGCCCUGGGAGUGAUCCGCUCCCUCCACGCCCAGGGCCUGCUGGAAACGGCCGUGUGCACGGAGACGCGCCCCUACAACCAGGGCUCGCGGCUGACGCCUUUGAGCUGACUCACGACGGCAUCCCCGCGCUGCUCAUUGCUGACUCCGCCGCUGCCUCGCUCAAGGCCACCGGCCUCAUCGAUGCUGUUGUCGUGGGGGCUGAUCGCAUCGCUGCCAAUGGUGACACUGCAAACAAGAUUGGUACAUACUCACUGGCGCUCUCAGCCUUCCACCACAAGACGCCCUUCUUCGUGGCGGCGCCGCUGACGUCCAUCGAUGCAGCGAUCAAGACGGGGGAGGAGACUGUGGUGGAGGAGCGGCACGCUGCUGAACUCACACACGCACUGGGGGGCGCUGGGCCGCAGGUGCGUUAG